AUGUCCCUCCGAACCACCAGCAGCGGCGAAGCGACAGAAACCCUACUAUCGGAACCAGCAGGAACUGCGGCAGCCGCGUCAGCGCAAGCGGCGGCGGGCCCAGCGGCGGUCCCGGCGGUCCCGGCGGUCCCGGCGGCGCAAGCGGCGCAGGCUACGCAGGCGGCGCAGCAGCUGGCGCGGUGGCGGCAGCAGCAAGGCGCGAGCUGGCAGUCGUUCGCUCUCGAUCUCGCACUCGGCGGCGCUUUAGGCGGCGUGUCGCACACGAUCGUGGCGCCGAUCGAGCGCGUGAAGCUGCUGCUGCAGACGCAGGACAGCAACGCCGCCAUCCUCGCGGGGCAGCACCGGCGGUACCGCGGAUUCGUCGACGCGGUGACGACUAUCGUGAAAGAGGAAGGCUUCUGGGCGCUCUGGAGAGGGAACGGCACGAGCGUCAUGCGCUACUACCCCUCGCUCGCGCUCAAUUUUGCUUUCAAGGACUACUAUCGCGUUCUCUUCGCCCCCUCGCACCUACUCACAGACCCUUCGGCCACGCGAAUCGCGGCAGGAAACUUCCUGGCAGGCGCAGCAGCAGGCGCCACGAGCCUCCUAGUCACGUACCCCCUAGACGUGGCGCACACGCGCCUAGCCACCGAUAUAGGCACGCGCAGGCAGUUUGCAGGCAUGCGAUCCGUUAUAGCGGCGCUCUGGCGGGCGGAGGGGGUCCGAGGCUUAUAUCGCGGAUUUCCUGCGUCUGUGCAUGGGAUCAUCGUGCAUAGGAGCCUGUACUUUGGCGGGUUCGAUAGUGCCAAGCAGCUGCUGUUGAAGGGCCACGGUGGGGGAGGGAGAGGAGGAGAGGGAGGAAGAGGGGAUGGAGGAGAUGGAGGAGGAGAGGGAGGAGGGGCAGCGCUAGUAGGGGGAGGAACGAGUGGAGCAAAGAGUGAGGUGCUGGGCUUGCAAAGCCGAGGAGAGGCGAAGCAGGGCGAGCAGGGCCGGCAGGGGGAGGUGGAGGAGGAGUAG